AUGUUUCAGACAGAAAUACCUUUAUAAGAAACUCUAAAAAGUCCAAUAUAAACUCUAAAACCAAAAUUCAGAUCGAUUCAUAAAACACAAAAUGAUGAAGAAUUAAGUGAAAAUAUAGAAAACUCAGAACAUCAAUUAGAACUUUUCAGAUCAUUAACAACUAAAAAUGUGAUCAAUGUAAUAAGAGUUCAAACUGUCAAUGAUCGAUGGAUUGGCAUUUAGCUCAGAGAUCCAUAUGUAACUUGUGGAUGGCUACUAUCAGAAGUUAUUAGGAAAUUUAGUUAAUUAGAUUUAAACUAUGAUCCAUUUGAUAUUGUUGGAUUCAAAACCAAUAAUAUUCACUUAGAUUAUUAAUUAAGUUGUUUACACUUAUUACUUCCUAACUUAAAUGGAGUCCUUCUUGUUCCAUAAAUACGUAAAGGAUUAAAAGAACCUAUGAAUAUAGAUUGGUUUGAAAUAAUAAAAAAGAUAGGUGCUGGCAGUUUUUCUGUUGUUUAUUUAGUUAGAAAUAAAGAAAAUGGAUAAUUUUAUGCUAUGAAGGUUACAGACAAAUAAUUAAUGGUAGAAAGUGAUAAGGAAGAAUUAAUUAUUAAAGAAAGAUAGCUUCUUAUUUAAUUAAAUCACAAAAGAAUAAUUACUUUACAAGCUGCUUUUUAAUCUGUAUAAUAUUUAAUUAAUUUAUUAGAAAUCUAAAUUAUACUUUAUUUUCGAUUAUUGUCCUGGUGGAGAAUUAUAUUAUCAUUUGAGAAACCAGAAAAGAUUUAGUGAAGAAUAAGCCAAAUGGAUAUUUAUAUAAAUAGUAGAUGCCAUUCAAUAUCUUCAUUCUAAGAAUAUAAUUUAUAGAGAUUUAAAACCAGAGAAUAUUUUAAUUGAUUUAGAUGGAUAUCCUAAAUUAGUAGAUUUUGGAUUAAGUAAACCUGUUGAAAAUUAAGAGGAUCUGAAUUUUUCAUUUUGUGGAUCUUUAGAAUAUAUGGCUCCUGAGAUGAUAGAAUUGAAAGGACAUAAUUAUACAUUAGAUUAUUAUUAAUUAGGUAUAUUACUAUAUGAAAUGGUUGCUGGGAUUCCUCCUUUUUUUGCUAAAACUAGAUAAGAGAUGAUUAAGAAUAUAUUGUCAAAACAAAUUAAUUAUCCUAAUUUCUUUUCAAAAAAUUUAGUUGAUCUUAUUAGUAAUUUGUGUAAUAAAAAUUCAAGUUAACGAUUAUGUGGAAAAAGUAUGUAAUUAUAUUUAAAAUAGAAAUCUUAUAACAUCCUUGGCUCUAGGGUUUCAUAAGAAAAAUGCCAAUAAAAUACAAAAUAGAUUCUUUUCAUAUAGAUAAGUUAUUUAUAAAUUAAUUGAAUUAAAAUAUAGAAAGUGGACCUAGAUGUAUUGUUGAAGAAUAUAAUCUUUAGACAAUGGCAUAAUCAGUAAAAGAUGAGGAUUGGUGUUCUUUUGAAAAAUUUUAAACUUUUUACUACAAAAAAUAAUGA